UCCAGAUAGCCAUUUGAGUUUAAGAAUUUGUUCAGCUGAUUGAAAACAACCUUUUCAAUGAUCUUGCCUAUAAAAGGAAGAUUUGAGAUUGGUCUGUAGUUGCUAAGUAUGGUUUUGUCUAGGUUACUCUUUUUUAGGAGAGGAUUAACAUCUGCCGUUUUUAGGGACUCUGGAAAAGUGCCUGUGAGCAGAGAGGUACAGUAUUUACUAUUUUUAAGAGGUCAGCUUCUAAACAGUUAAGUACCUUUUUGAGAAAGGAUGUGGGGAGGGUGUCAAGGCUGCAAGUUGAUGCUUUAAGAUGUUGUACUGUUUCUUCCAAGGUUUUUAUAUCAAUUAUGUCAAAUUCUGAGAAAAUGACAAAUUUUUGAGGUUGUUGUAAUGAGGUCUUACUGACCACAUUACCAUAUGAGGCCGUAUUGAUUGCCAUUCUGAUAUUACUGAUUUUCUCAGAGAAAAGGGUUGCAAAAUCAUUGCAUUUGUUGUCAGAGAGCAUUUCACUGGGAACUUGAUUUGGGGGGUUUGUUAGUCUCUAACAAACAUAAGACAAGAACAAAAAAAUACACACAUGUAAAUGAAGGAACAAAAUCUGACAAUAAGAACUGAUAAAUGCUGCAUUUGUGAAUUUGUAUUGAUUUCAAACACGGUAUGGCGUAUUGCAAUAAUCUUUGUAAAUAAAUAAUACUAAUUAAGUAGCUCAUGGCCACCUUAAGGUUGGAGGAACAUGUGUGCAAGUUUACAGUCCCCAGGAUAUUAUACUGAUCUGGAACUUGUACUGGUUACUAAAUGAAAUGAAAGUAAAUAACUAACAGGAUUAAGGGAAACAAGUUAACGUUAGGCUUUUUAUAACAUUUACAGUAUUCACCAUGAUGAACAUGAGCAAGAUUGUGAAGUUUUGGACUCCUCUACAGCCAUCGCUAGAAUCCAAGGCAGCAGCAACCCUCUACUGGGCCGAAUAACAGAUGAAGAUGUGCUGCAGUUUUUCUGAUUGAUGAUCUGAGCUCUUCGACUCUACUAAUCAUCUUUACAUUCAAAUAUUUCUGACAGGGUUCCAUCUGAUCCGUUGUGGUGUAUUUCAGGUGCUUAACUGUGUUCUGCUGGAAAGGCAUGAGUUUUGUCCUGUUGCAAGUGUUCUCCUGCUGUCCUGCAUAUGCACACUAAGAUUGCCUCCACAAGAAUAUCAGGAGAUCCAUCUGAGAUGAAAUCGGCUGAAAUUAAACGUGAGGAUGUGGAACCCACAGAGAUCUCCAGUUCUCACGAAAGCUCAACUAAUAUAUCCCACAUGCACACCUCUCGCAAACCAGUGAAAAAAGAAAUUCACCACUGUUCAGCAUGUGGGAAGAGUUUUCGUAAAAAGAGUUAUCUCAAACAACACCAACGGAUACACACAGGUGAGAAACCGUACAACUGCUCGCAGUGCGGGAAGAAUUUUACUAGCCAGAGCCAUCUCCAGAGACACCAGCGCAUUCACUCGGGAGAAAAGCCGUAUCAGUGCUCUCAGUGCAAGAAGAGGUUUAUUGAAAGUGGUGUUCUCAUAAAGCACCAGAGAAUUCACACAGGAGAAAAGCCGUAUCGCUGUUCACAGUGUGGGAAAAGUUUCACACAACGUAGUACUCUCCAUAAACACCAGCUCAUUCACACAGGAGAUAAACCGUAUCCUUGCCAAGAGUGUGGAAAGAGCUUUAAUCGGGAGGACAGUCUCCGUUUACACCAACGCGUUCACAAUGGUGAAAAGCCGUAUUACUGCUCACAGUGUGGGAAGAGUUUUACACAAUGGAGUUCUCUCCAUAAACACCAGCGUAUUCACACAGGAGAUAAACCGUAUCACUGCUUAGAGUGUGGGAAGAGUUUUAAUCGAGAGGACAGUCUGCAGUUACACCAACGCAUUCACAGUGGAGAGAAGCCGUAUUACUGCUCACAGUGUGGGAAGAGUUUUACUUGCCAGAGUCAUCUCCUAAAUCACCAACGCAUUCAUACAGGAGAAAAGCCGUAUCAGUGUUCUCACUGUGAGAAGAGCUUCAUCGAGAGCGGUAAUCUCAUAAAACACCAGAGAAUUCACACGGGAGAGAAACCGUAUCAGUGCUCAGACUGCGGGAAGAGUUUUACACAGAGAGGAAAUCUACAGCAACACCAACGCAUUCACACUGGAGAGAAACCGUUUUACUGCUUACAGUGUGGCCAGAGUUUUAGUACAAACAGAGGUUUUCAACGACACAAGCACAGCGAUGUACCUGAGAACGAUGACUAUGCCCAUGAUAUUGAGUUCGAUUUGACUCUUUUCUCUCCACUGUACUCUAAGGAAGAUCGGCAGAUGAUGAGCAGUGUCCUGUCGUCUUCUGCUCUCCGCUUUCCUAUCAAUUAUAGGUUUUCCUCCACAAGGCCGUCAAAAGGUCCAUCUAAGAUGAAGGCAGAAGACAUUAAAUGUGAGCAUCUUGAACCUACAGAGAGCUCCAGUAGCCAGGACUGGUCAUUUGGUUCAUUCCUCAGUAACUCCUCCCUCCGAUUUAUACAGAAAGAGAUACACCAGUGCCCACAGUGUGGAAAACAUUUCAGUCAAAAGAGUAAUCUGAAUCAACACCAGCGUAUCCACUCAGGAGAGAAGCCGUAUCAGUGUUCACAGUGUGGGAAGAGUUUCAAUCAAAAGAGUAAUCUGAAACAACACGAGCGGAUCCACUCGGGCGAGAAGCCGUAUCACUGCUCGGACUGCGGGAUGAGUUUUACACAGAGAAGUCAUCUCCAGCAGCACCAGCGCAUUCACACAGGAGAGAGACCUUAUCACUGUUUGGAGUGUGGGAAGAGUUUUAGUGACCAGAGUAAUCUGCAACAACACCAGCGCAUUCACACAGGGGAGAAACCCUUUCAGUGCUCAGCCUGUGGCAUGAGUUUUACACAAAAGGGUAAUCUCCAAAAGCACAUGCUCUUUCACACUGGAGAAAAACCGUUUCGCUGCAUGGAAUGUGGCAGGAGCUUUACACAGGGAGCUGACCUUCAAGAGCACCAACAUAUUCACACUGGGGAAAAGCCGUAUUACUGUUCAGCCUGUGGGAAGAGUUUUACCAGACACAGCAGUUUCCAGCGACACCAACACAUUCACACGGGAGAGAAGCCGCAUCACUGCACAGUGUGUGGGAAGGGUUUUACUAGGCUUACUAAUCUACAGAGACACAAACUCCUUCACACAGCUGAGAUUGAGGACAUGCUGCAGUUCUCAGAAAGUGUGGAAAUCAACUCACAUCUUCUAGCUAGGAUGAAGUCAAAUGAGAUUAAUUGUGAGAUUUUGGAUCCCACAGUAAGCUCCAGUAGUCACCAAAGUUCAUCUUGUUCUUUCCACAUGAACCCUUCUGAUGGCCGAAUGCAAACAGAAUUGUACCACUGCUCCCAGUGUGGGAAGCGUUUUGGUAAAAAGACUAAUCUCAAACAACACCAGCGGAUUCAUACAGGGGAGAAGCCGUAUCAGUGCUCGUACUGUGGGAUGAGGUUCACACAAAGGGGGAAUCUGCAACAACACCAGCGCAUUCACAAAGGAGAAAAGCUGUAUCACUGCUCACAGUGUGGGAAGAAUUUCACUCAGAAGGGUCAUCUCCAGCGACACCAGCGAAUUCACACAGGAGAGAAGCCAUAUCAGUGUUCACAGUGUGGGAAGUGUUUUACUGAGAACAAUAAGCUCAUAAAACACCAGCGGAUUCAUUCAGGAGAGAAGCCGUAUCAGUGCUCGGACUGCGGGAUGAGUUUUAAUGAAAAGAGUAAUCUGCAAUUACACCUGCUGAUUCACACAGGAAAUAAACCCUAUUACUGUUUAGAGUGUGGGAAGAGUUAUACACAAAAAACUGCUCUCAGAGUUCACCAACGCACUCAUACUGGGCAAAAACCCUAUUUCUGUUCUCAGUGUGGGAAGAAUUUUACUACACAUAGCAGCUUCCAGCAACAUCAGCGCGUUCACACGGGAGAGAAGCCGUACCACUGUUUACAGUGUGAGAAGAGAUUUAGUAACCAGAGUAAUCUGCGAAGACACCAGCGCACUCACACGGGAGAGAAGACCCAUCAGUGCUCAGAGUGUGAGAAGAGUUUUAGUAACCAGAGUAAUCUGCAGCGACACAAACACAUUCACAAAGCCGAAGACAUGGUGCAGUUCUCAGAAACAAUGUUUAGAAAUUAAGUCAUUCUGCUCUACAUGCUUAUUUAGGGUCUUGGAUGUACUUAUUUUUUUGCCGUUCACUACGUGAAACAGUGAUGUUUUCAAUGCUAUGAAAUUACAAUCUUUUAAACAGUAAAAUAUUAUUCCAAAGCA